CAGUUUUGAGGUUUGAAGCGGUGUUCGUAGUCGGUGAAAUGUUGCUGUUGGCUAUCAUUGCGGGAGCGUUGCUCUAUUUGGUGUUUAACUUCUAUGUCACAAGAAAAUAUUUGAACCAAAUGGCAACCCAUUUCGAUGGGCCAAAGCCGAACUAUUUGCUGGGAAAUGUGUUGGAAUUUUUUAAUAAGGAUCUACCAGGCAUAUUCGAAACCAUGGUGGGCUUCCACUGGAAGCACGGACAGGACAUCGUUACAUGGAAUGUGCUUAACCUGAACAUGAUUAGCGUAACCAGUGCCCAAAACGUUGAGAAGGUAAUAAUGGCCAAGCAAACCAAAAAGUCUUUCAUCUACACCUUUAUAGAGCCGUGGCUUGGUCAAGGAUUGCUCAUUUCCAGUGGCGAGAAAUGGUUCCACCGAAGAAGGAUCAUCACUCCAACGUUCCACUUCAAAGUUCUGGAACAGUUUGUAACGGUGUUCAACAAGGAGACGGACAUGAUGGUGGAGAAUUUGCAGAAACAUGUUGGUGGUAGCGAGUUCGAUAUAUACGACUAUGUAACGCUUAUGGCCUUGGACAGCAUUUGUGAAACAUCCAUGGGAACAAGUGUACAUGCUCAAAAGAAUCCAACAAAUCGAUACGUUCAAAAUGUUAAAAGAAUGUCAAUUCUAGUAUUGUACCAUUCGAUAAGUAUGUUGGCUGGAAUGCCUCUGCUUUAUAACAUCUUGCAUCCAAAUGCUUAUGAGCAGCGCAAAAUUAUAAAGGAGUUACACGAGUUUACCAUUUCUGUUAUCGAGUCCAGACGGCAACAGCUAGAAUCAGGAAAAUUAAAACAAAUGGAUUCUAAUACGCAGGAAGAAUUGUAUUCAAAGCCGAAGAUGACCUUCUUGGAUUUGUUGUUGAAUGUUACAGUUGAAGGGAAACCACUUUCAAAUUCGGACAUACGUGAGGAAGUUGAUACUUUUAUGUUCGAGGGACAUGACACCACUACGAGUGGAAUUUCCUUCACCAUCUAUCAGCUGGCACUGAAUCAACCCAUUCAGGACAAACUGUAUGACGAAAUACUGUCGAUUCUGGGGAACACCAACUCUGAUGUGGAGCUUACCUUCCAGACUCUGCAGGACUUCCGUUACCUGGAAUCGAUAAUAAAGGAAUCGAUGCGUCUUUUCCCACCGGUGCCCUUCAUUGGAAGAACUUCAGUUGAAGACUUGGAAAUGAACGGAACUAUCGUAAAAGCUGGUCAGGAAUUUCUGGUCCCAAUCUACGUUAUCCAUCGAAAUGCAAAAAUUUACCCAGAUCCAGAACGCUUUGACCCAGAACGGUUCUCCGAUACGGCAGAAUCAAAGCGGGGACCGUACGAUUAUAUUCCUUUCAGUGCUGGAUCGAGAAACUGCAUCGGCCAGCGGUACGCUAUGAUGGAGAUGAAAGUUACCCUGAUUAAGCUGAUCAAGAACUUUAGAAUACUACCGGGCGAAUCGAUGAAGCAGUUGAGAGUUAAGUCUGAUUUGGUGCUGCGACCGGAUAGAGGAAUCCCGGUCAAGUUGGUGGCGAGGAAUUGAGCCUAAUUGCAGUGUGAUUCUAUUUUUGGGUCUUCCUCAUCCGAUGACUUAGUCCUUAGUCACGUAUAAUACAAAUCAUACUUCAAAUUGA